GGGCAUCUGUUUGUGUAUAUUGAAAUAUACAUUGUGGUACAAUCUUUAGUUUGGAAGAAGCCUUAUAUGGUACUUCAAUAUAAUAUUAUUUAAUGUUCCAUACUUUACAGUGAUGCAUAGUGAUGUGCUCUUCUGAUUUGUGUAUGAGUAAAUUAGUAAGAGUUGAGUGAGUGAUUAUGUCUACGAAGUGCUAUUGGUGACAGCUUGCUUGGUGCAAAUUGUUACCAGGACAGUCAACCAGUUACAGACUUCAUAAAAGUGAAGUGGCAGUGACAAGUGAGAAGUGAGACUGAGACAAUAAUAAUAAUUAUUAUUAUUAUUUCCUAUUAAUAGUUCAGUGCCUAAAUAAUAAGCAAACAUGACCGGUUUUGUGAAAAUUGCCAUAGACGAUUACUAUUCGGACAGCAAUUGGACGACAAUCAUUAAUAAAUAUUGGAUGCUGGCAGAACGAGUGUCAGAUCCUCGUGUUCAAGGAUGGUUUCUGUUCGACACUCCGCUGCCGACGGUGGCGAUGGUGUGCGUGUACCUGGCAUUUGUGAUGGUGGCUGGUCCACUAUGGAUGGCGAAUCGAAAACCCUUCCAAAUACAGAACACGUUAGUUGCAUACAACGCUCUACAAGUUCUGCUGUCCUCCUAUAUGUUUUACGAGCACUUGAUGUCAGGCUGGUGGGGAGACUACAGUCUGUCAUGUCAGCCGGUGGACUACAGCGACAGUGAGAAAGCGAGACGGAUGUUACAUCUCUGCUGGGUGUACUACUUCUCGAAGCUGUCAGAGUUUGCUGACACGGUGUUCUUCGUACUCCGUAAGAAGAAGAGUCAGAUCACGUGGCUGCAUCUCUACCACCAUUCGUUGACCCCCUUCGAAGCGUGGCUGCUUGUCAAGUUCAUUGCUGGUGGUCAUGGAACAUUCUCGAACAUCGUGAACAACCUGGUGCACGUGAUCAUGUACAGCUACUACAUGUUAGCCGCGAUGGGACCUCAGUACCAGAAGUACCUGUGGUGGAAGAAGCACCUCACUACCCUGCAACUAGUCCAAUUCUUCAUGGUGCUCUUCCAUUCCAUCAGCGCUUUGGUUUACGACUGUGGUUAUCCUAAAUUCAUCGCCGGAGGUUUAAUCUUACACUCGACCAUCUUCAUAGUUCUUUUCAUGAACUUCUACAUGCAAGCGUACAAGAAAGAAAAACCGAGACAGAAGCCUGCAGCUAUAGCCAUCAACAAUAAUAACAACGACGAGACUCUCCUACCAAAUGGAAUGAUCAAAAGUGAGACCAAUGGACAUCUCAAAAAUGGUCUUAAUGGACAUAUCCAAAACGGAGGUCUCAAUGGACACGUCAGAAAUGGUGACCUACACACGACAUUAAGAAAUGGGGAUCUGAACGGUCACCUCAAAAAUGAACUUAAUGGACACAUCAAAAACGGUGACUUAAAUGGACACCUUAAAAACGGAGACCUGAAUGGUUAUCUAAAUCAUGAAGCCAAUGGACGGGUGAAACUAAAUGGUCAUUUGCAAAAUGGUUACACGAACGGUCACGUGAUACACGAUGUUACAGAUAAGGAAAAAGUGCAAUAACCUACACUGUGUUGCUAGGUAACAUUGUAUGCUUUUUAUACCUAUAUCAAUUUGUUUGGAGAGUCGGAGAUACUUGAGUUUUUAUAGAACCCUUCUUAUAGAAAAAAAAAGUAAGUCGAUGAUUAGAGAAAGUAUAACUUCUCUAAGUAGGCGUUACGUGUAGCUUUCAAUUCGAACUACCACCACGUUCGACGUCAUGGCGGCCGACUAAACAUAAAAAUAUAAACCGUGACAAAAACUAAGUACUCGUAAUAAACUACUGCUCCAUUCGUUUCUAAGACAAGACUUAUUAGUAUUUUCAAACCUCUAAACAAAUGUUGUACAGUUAGAACCAGUGUAUAAAGAUAAAACAAUUAUUUCAUGUGAGCUAUAUUUUAAAAGUAUAAUGGUGCGUCCUAAUUCAUUUAUAAAAUCUUAAUACCUUCCUUUUUGUAAAUAAGUUUCGAUAGCUAUUUUACCAACAAAAUUUGUAAAAUAUUUUUCUUUGCUUUUUAUUUUUCUUUUUUUGUUAACAAUUUAAUGUUAAAACUACCUCAUGAGUGAACUUAUAAUUAAUAAGUUAACUUAUAAGUAAAAAGUCUUGAAAUUAUAAAAAAAAAACAUCGAAAUGAGGCUGUUGUUGCUCAAUUAAUUAUAAAAAUUCUUCUUUUUUUCGUGAAAAUUAAUUGCUCACAAAAUGUUAUAUACUAAAAGACUAGCCUAAAAGGCAUUAGUUACUGUACUUCCGUCCAAUACUAAGCUUUAUUUAGUUAUAAGUAACAAUAGCUGUACAUAAAAGUUUAAUUUAUUUUUUGUUUAUCAAAGUACAAGAAGUACAAGCAAUUAUGUUUGAUAAUUAUGUACUUUUUACAAAUCCAAGAAAUAGAACUGGAUAUUAUUUUUCUUAUUUUUUAAACUUGGUUGAUUUUUUUUUUGCUGGAAAAAAUACAAAAAAUCAAGUACCCUUAUAACAGUGAUUACUAAUAUAAGUAUUACUUAUAUGUUGUAAAUAUUAAGUAACAUCUUUGAGAUUAAUUUACAAUUUACGUGUGUGAUGGGAGUGAUAUUUGAUUAUUUUUUACAAAAUAAUAUUAAAGUAUAUUACAAUUUUGUACUUUAUUAUUGUCGGUGGGUGAAUGAGAGGAAACUCUCUUGAAAAUAAUAAUAAUUAUAAAUAAAAUAAUUGCUAUGCUAAGGAAACCAGUCAGUUUUAGCGAAAUUUUGUAUUAAUAAAUAAGGUGUUUUAUACAUACAUACAUAGACUUAAUUAUUAUAAGUGAUAUGUGGUAAUAAUUGUGUAGCGUCCCUUUUAUACAAUAAGUUUCAAAAAUAAAUAUUUGAAAUUA